CUCAGUUGGUUUGUGGCAGUUGGACUAGCGGCGGAGGUUGCUGUGGGAGAUCGCCGAAAGCCUCGACUGCGGAUACAGGCUGGCCGCCGUUUUUUUUUUUUAUUAUUGCAUCCAGAUGAUUUAAUCUCCCCCCCCCCACCACCCUCUGCGCCGGACUCCCUUUUAUGUCGCUGCGGCGCGUGUACGUGCGGAUCCCGCCCGGCGGAGCUCGCCAGGAGAUGCUUCAGACGAGAUCUGCGCACGGAUGCCCCCGCUGAACAGGAGCAAACAGGGCGUCUGUUACAAUGAAGACGACGGCGGCGGCGGCUCCUUCCUCUCUUGUUGCGGAUCGUUGCAGCGGUCGGUAUGAACAACAUCAUCAUCAUCACCACCAUCCAACGCCGCUUCCUAUGAGGGACGUGGCGCAGUGCAGUUAACGCCGCGAAUCGUGCUCCCCCCCCAAUCUAACUCCUCCACCACCUCCUUCUUUCUUAAUAAAUAAUAUUACCUAAUCAUCUGGGAGAUACAUUCCCAGCGCACACACACACACACACACUACAGAGCGCGCCUUGGGUGCAGCGUCGUCAAUGUAAAGAGCCUGCGUCCAGUGGUGGGAGCCACUCUCUCCAGGGGUUACAGAUGAGAGGCAAACAAUACCAUCAGCCCUUGAAGUUGACUGCGCCCUGGGAGAAGGAUGCCGGCUUUGGGAGGAAGCUCAAAACCUACCGGAAUCAUACCAAGAUAAUAGCACAGCCCGGGAUCGUGAUGAAAGUGCUGCGCAGGAAGAAGAUCGUCUUGUUCAUGGCCUAUUUCCUGCUGCUGGUGCUCACCAUGCUCAAUCUGGCCAACUACAAAUGGACCAAGGAGCCCCAGCAGUGCAACCACCAGAUGAGGAGCACCGCCUACCAGAGCCGCUCGGACAUCCGCUUCCUCUACAGGCCCUCGCUGGCCAGGAAGCGGCAGCUCAUCUACGUGCUGACCACCUGGAGGUCGGGCUCCUCCUUCUUCGGCGAGCUCUUCAACCAAAACCCCGAGGUGUUCUUCCUGUACGAGCCCAUGUGGCACAUCUGGCAGAAGCUGUACCCGGGCGACGCCGUGUCCCUGCAGGGGGCGGCCCGCGACAUGCUCAGCUCCCUGUACCGCUGCGACCUGUCCGUGUUCCAGCUGUACAACAGCCCCGGCGGCAAGAACUUCACCUCCCUGGGGCUGUUCGGCGCCACCCUCAACAAGGUGGUGUGCUCCGUCCCGCUGUGCUCGGCCUACAGGAAGGAGGCGGUGGGCCUGGUGGACGACAAGGUGUGCAAGAAGUGCCCGCCCCAGAGCCUCAGACUCCUAGAGGACCAGUGCCUGAAGUACAACACCAUCGUCAUCAAGGGGGUGCGCAUCCUGGACGUGAACGUCCUCGCCCCGCUGAUGGAGGACCCGUCGCUGGACCUGAAGGUGAUCCACCUGGUGCGGGACCCCCGGGCCGUGGCCAACUCCAGGAUCAAGUCCAGGCACGGCCUGAUCCGGGAGAACCUGCAGGUGGUCCGCAGCAGGGACCCCAAGCUGCGGCGGAUCCCCUUCGUGGACCCGGGCCACAAGGCCAACAAGAAGGACGGCUCCGACUACCACUCCAUCGGGGCCAUGGAGGUGAUCUGCGACCGCACCUCCAGGACUCUGAGGACCGCCCUGAGCCCGCCGGGCUGGCUGAAGGGCAAGUACAUGGCGGUGCGCUACGAGGACCUGGUGGAGAACCCCGUCAAGACCCUGCGGAGCGUCUACCGCUUCGCCAACCUCACCGCCAACCGCGACAUCGAGUCGUUUGCGCUGAACAUGACCAGCGGCUCCAGCUCCUCCUCCAAGCCGUUCAUCGUCUCGUCCCGCAACGCCACGCAGGCGGCCAGCGCCUGGAGGACGGUGCUGAGCAUCCAGCAGAUCAAGCAGGUGGAGGACUACUGCCACCACUCCAUGUCCGUCCUCGGCUACGAGAGGGUGAGAACAGCCGGGGAGGCGAAGGAUUUGGGCAAAUCGCUGCUGACGCGCUCCAAACUGUGAAAGGAGAAAGUAAAUAAAUAAAUCAGAAACGAAGCAUCCUCCUCCUCCGCCUCACCACCAAAGACCUUUUUAAUUUAAUGCUCUUUUUUUUUUUUUUUUCCAUGCAGUGCCGUUUCCUCUCGUUGUGGAAUUUAAAAGCUUUACGUUCGAGUGUUGGAGGCCACGUUUGGGAAUGUAUAUCUUGUUUUUGAGCUGCGGUUUGUUAUCGGAAUGGGGGGGUGGUGGAUUCUUUUAUACAGGAACAGCGGCUGUUGGACAGUGACUUUAAAUUAGAGUAGAAGAAGAAGAAGGAAACAAAAAGAGGGGGGAUAAUUUAUGUAUUUGGUAUUGGUUGGUACUAUUAUAACACUUCAAAGUCGAUGUCCUUGAGGUUAUUUUUGAAUGUUCCAAAUCUUCAAAAAAAAAAAAAACACUAUUUUUCACGCUCUCCAUAUCUGUCUGUAUAAGUAAAAUGAAACAGUAGACGACAGGGAAAAAAAAAAAAGUAGUAACAGAUAAAAAGAAAAUGUUCUUUUUUUUUUUUUUCUCUCUCUCUCUCCUUUUUAAGGGCCUGGUUAAAGUCAGAGACAAUCAGUAAUUUGGUUUGAUGACGUGCCAUAGCUUGAAGUCACCACAACAGAAGUAGUACGCGCUCUCUGUAGUUUUUUUUUUAUUUCAUUUUUUAUUUUUUUAAACUGUUAUUUUUGUCACAGAGUCCUUGUAGGAUGAUGUCAUGCGACUGUGGACGUUUACUCGUUUACUCUGGAGCAGGAGGACCAUCUCUUUGUGUCGGUGUGAGCGGUCUGUUGUUCGUACCAUCUUACCAAUGUUUACAAUUGCUUGCUCUUAUGAAAACACCUUUAUCUGAGAAUAUUGCAUUGAGUAAAGUUCACAGGAAACGA